AUGGCGGCAAGAACCGAUCAAUCGAUGGUAGUGGAGCAGGGUAUCGACGACAGGCUGAGCACCUUACCGGACGAACUCAUCGCCCACAUCCUCUCUCUCCUGCCAACCAAGUACGCCGUGGGAACCGCCGUCCUGAGCCGGCGGUGGACGGAUCUCUGGACUAGGGUUUCCAAUCUCGAUUUCGACGAAGAGACAGAAGUACGAUACACCAUCAAGGCUAAGAAGCUUUCCUACAGACUCUCCCGCACAGUAAAUGGUGGUGGCAGCUGGCUUCAAUGGUGGAAGCAACUGAAGCCAAUUGAUGUUGCUGAUGAGUACAUACUGAGGAAUGUUGAAUUUGAAGCCAGAGCAGGUGAAAUCAUGGCCAUUGCUGGUCCAAGUGGUGCUGGUAAGACCACAUUGCUUCAGAUACUCGGCGGCAGCCUGGUUACAGGUUGUCGCCAGGCUUCUUCACGAGUCUCCGGUGAAGUACUCGUGAACGAGAAGCCGAUGAAUGCAUCUUGGUUCCGCAGAAUAUCUGGAUAUGUGACCCAGGAUGAGGCACUCUUCCCACUUCUCACAGUAGAGGAGAUGGUCUUGUACGCAGCUCGGCUCAGGUUAGGUGGAGGGGUCCAACUGGCUCGAGCCAGAGCGGAGAUUCUAUUGAAGGAGCUAGCUCUUGAACGUGUUGCCAGUGUCAGGAUUGGAGAUGAAGCUAGCAGGGGAAUUUCAGGUGGCGAGAAGCGAAGAGUGUCCAUCGCUGUUGAGCUAGUUCAUAACCCUGCUGUUCUUCUCAUUGACGAACCAACCUCCGGUUUGGAUUCUGGAUCGGCUCUUAAUGUGGUUCAGCUGCUUCAAUCCAUGGCUGCAGACCAUGGUAAGACGAUUGUGCUGACCAUCCAUCAGCCUGGGUUUCGUAUCCUCAAGGUGUUCGAUUGGGUUCUGCUGCUGUCGAAUGGAGCUGCUCUGUAUGAAGGAACGCUUGCAUCGCUCGAGGAGCGACUUAUAUCAGCUGGUUGUUGCAUUCCAAGACAUGUCAAUGUGGUGGAGUUCGCCAUUGAUGUGCUGAAAACCUUGAGAAGAGAUGAUGGUGAAAGAAGUGAAGAUCACAGUAGCGAUGAAGACGAGUUAUGUUAUGACGUGCAUAUGAAGAAAACUAGAGUAUCCUACUCCAACGGUCGAUUCACAGAGGUGUGGAUACUUGGACAGAGAUUCUUCAGCAUAAUCUGCAGAACAAAUCAGCUCUUCACCUCCAGAAUGGUACAAGCGCUAGCUGCUGGACUAGUGCUGGGGACCAUAUUCAUGAAUGGAAGAGAUGAACCAAACAGGUACGUGCUCGAAACUCAAGUCGGAUUCUUCGCCUUCAGCCUCACGUUCUUGCUGUCAUCCACAACGGAAGCUCUGCCAAUAUUCCUACAAGAGAGAAGAAUCCUACUGGUGGAGAUAUCAAAGGGAUCAUACAGAGUCUCUUCUUACAUCGUAUCGAAUGCGCUCGUGUUCCUUCCUUUCCUGUUCGUCGUGGCUGCGCUGUACAGCCUCCCAUCAUACUGGCUAAUUGGACUGAGAAGAGACAUGGAUGGGUUUCUGUACUUCUUACUAGUGGUAUGGCUGGUGGUGAUGAUGUCAAACUCCAUGGUUGCAUGCUUCAGCGCCUUAGUACGAGAUUUCAUCACAGGGACAUCCUUGAUUGCCUGCUUCAUGGGAUCCUUCUUCCUGUUCUCUGGGUACUUCAUAGCCAAAGACGACAUGCCUGAGAUUUGGGUGUUCAUGCACUACCUGAGCUUGUUUAAGUACCCAUUGGAGUGCUUUAUGAUAAAUGAGUAUGGGGGAGAGCAAGGCAAGAGAAGAUGCUUGGAGUUCGUUGAUGGAAUCUGCUCUCUGGAUGGGCAAGGAUUCUUGAAGCUGCAAGGUCUUAAGGAGUCUCAGAAGUGGAGUAAUAUCGCAGUAAUGUUAGAGGCACCUCCAAACCUUUCAUCCAUGGAGAAGAACGCUGCUAAAAUGGCGAGGACUGACAAAUGGAAGGUACCGGAGCCGGGAAUCGACGACAGGCUGACCUCUCUACCUGACGAAAUCAUCUCCCACAUCCUCUCUUUUCUGCCAACCAAGUACGCCGUGGGUACCGCCGUCCUCAGCCGGCGGUGGACGGAUCUCUGGACUAGGGUUUCCAAUCUCGAUUUCGACAACCGCCUGUUCAGAGUUCACAGAGAACUAAUGGAGAUGCCUUCGUCUUCAAGGAGCUCAUCAUCGAGGCAUCACCGCCGCCAUCGGGGAGAGGAGAAAUUCGUGUCGACUGUUAUUUCGCCGGCGAUCAGCGGGAAGACUUGCUCGAUAUGUUUGACGCCGCUCCACGAUCACCGCAGAGCGGCGGUGAUUUCCGUCUGCUUGCACGCGUAUUGCUUGCAGUGCAUACGGCGGUGGAGCGAGUUGAAGAGGCGGUGUCCUCUCUGCAACGCGGAGUUCGAUUCCUGGUUCUGCAGGAUCAGCCUCUCGUCUCGGCGAUUUGAGACGGAGAAACUUCCGCCGCCUACAGCUCCGGUGAAAGCCAAGAGCUCCAUGGCGGUGGCAAUUCGGCGCGGCAGAUUCGCUUCUCGGAAUGCAUUACGGACGGUUCAUAAUGAUAACCGGAUAUCACAGCCUUUACCUAGGCGGCGAACUUUUGCCGGAGGGGAAAGAAGACUUCAGUGGCGGGAAAGCAUAUACAAGCAAUGCUUGCUAGCUGUUCCCAUGGCUGAUACUUCUCGUGGUAGGCGUAAGAACACAACAGUUGAAGGAAUGUUACAGAGAAUAGAACCAUGGAUCCGGAGGGAGCUGCAGGCUGUGCUCGAUGAUCCAGAUCCGUCUGUAAUUGUCCAUGUGGCCUCCUCGUGUUUCAUAGAAAGCGUUGAACGAAAAUCCGAUUUUCAAUCUGGCGGCAACGGUGUUGUGGGCGACUUACUCGGUCCUAUAAGGCCUUUUCUGGGUGACUGGGCUGAUACUUUCUGGCAUGAGCUUAGAUGUUUUGCUGAAAGUUCACUGAAUAUGGAAACAUAUGAUGAGGUUGUUAACUAUGUACCAUCACAAGAUUUUGAUGAAGCCAGGCCUCCAAGGAUACAUCUGCUCAGAUAAACUCGGAAGAGUUAUGGACUAGCUAGAUUCAUGAAGCUGCUUGAAGUGGUACCUGUGAAUGCUGUUGUAGGCAACCUUUUAAUAUUUUCAGCCAGGGGAACUAAAAUGGGCAAAUAGUCAGGUGGCGAAAAGGAUCCCCCUGCUCCCUGAAGUCGAUGGCGCAUCAAAUGACCAUCUAUUUCCUCCAGAAGCAUCGACUUUGUGUAGUUCUAUGUAGGUCCUACUUCCCAUGGUAUCUUGAGCGAUUUUACUUUCUUCUCUUGAACAGAUGGAUGGUACAAUGUUGUCAACCGCUGCACCAACCUGACUCUUUGAUUCAUCACACUUCAUCUGCUUCGGCGAUGAGGGUUUAUCGUAAAGAGGAAAGUGGAGGUACGGAAAGCUCUCUGAUUUUACCCUGUGUAUGGAACGAAGAGGGGAUGCCGAGAUGCUGGCUACCAUCCUUCUCUACAGCAGGUCUCCUUAAGUAACUGAUACUAGGGAUGGAAGCAAGAUAUCGUCUUGAGAUCAAUAGUUAUUGAUACUUAUAUUUUACUUGUAAUUUAACAUCAAUAACAUUGUCUUUCUAUGUCGAAAAUAUCAGUUGUUGAUUGUUCACAAAUGUACUGUCACAAGUGAAGAUAUAAAACAAUACGUGUUAUUGUUGCCA